AUGGAGAAGGUCCAGCAGUAUCCCAUCUGCGGCUUUGUGCCUCCAUACAUUCUCUCGGCUAUAGCUGACUCCACCGUCGCCGGCUCUGAUCCAGUUGCGGAAGAUUCUCGUGUCGCCUGCCAACAUACGCUUCAACAUGGAAGGUCUCAUGCCGAUCAACGUCGUGAGCUGUGCGCUAGAACUCAGGUUAGUCUUUCUGAUGCUAGGAGAGGCUUCGCUCCCAAACACAUCAUUGGAGCCAUCGCUGAUUUCAAGGAGACCCAUGCCGAACGACAUCAAGCAUUUCAGCAAACUCUGGUGUCAGCAGACGCUACAGUCCCAGCCUCCGUGCAACGAACAGUCUAUGAUUGCAGAGAGACGGAAGACCUCCCCGGAACGCUUGCCAGAUCGGAAGGACAGGAACGCAUCAAGGACCGCCAAGUCAACAACGUCUACGAUGGAUUCCAAAUCACGCACGAUUUUUUUGCGAAGAUUUUCGGCCGCAAUUCUCUUGAUAACAGCGGGUUACCUCUUGUUGGCAGCGUUCAUUUCAAACUGAAGAAAACGCCAAACGGGUACAACAACGCCUACUGGGACGGUAACGAGAAGCGAAUGGUUUUCGGCGAUGGCGAUCACAUCACCUUUGACUUCCUCACCGACUCACUAGAUGUCAUUGCCCACGAACUGAGCCACGGCUUUGUCCAAUUCUCCUCACCGCUUGACUAUUAUUCGCAGUCGGGAGCCUUGAAUGAGUCUUGUGCCGACAUCUUUGGCUCCAUGGCCGAGCAAUGGUGGAUGCAUCAGAGUGUGGAAGAUGCGGACUGGAAUCUCGGUCAAACGCUUUUUCCGGUAGCGUUCACGGGUUCUGCGCUGCGAACUUUCAAGGCCGGGAAAGCAUAUACAAACGACCGUAUCUUCGGAACCGACCCGCAGCCGAAGCACAUGCGGGAUCUCUACGAGGGGACUGAGGAUGGGCAAGGCGUCCAUAUCAACUCGGGAAUCCCGAAUCAUGCCUUCUACUUGGCUGCGAAGUCUCUUGGUGGAAAUUCCUGGGAGAAGGCUGGCAAGGUGUGGUACCAGACCAUGACCUCGGGUAGGAUUCCAUCUGACUGCGAUUUCAAGACUUUUGCGGAAGUCACAGUGGAUAUUGCAGGGAAGGAAUUUGUCGACAAGUCGGUGCAGACGGCUAUUCGUGACGCAUGGUCCAAGGUCGGAGUGCUUACUUCAAAGCCGGCCGUAGUGCUUACUCGAAAGCCGGUCGUAAACUGUAUGAUCGGACAGUUCUCUGGGAGUAUAGGAAGAGAAGGGUAG